AUGUUUCUGAAGAGUGGGAUAGAGAAGAUUCUCAGUGACAGAGAUAUCAAGAGGAAGGAGAACUUGCAGUUGAAGAAGGCCUGUGAGAAUGCGCUAGGUAGCUUUAUAGGUGUUCUGACGGGUUUUCAACAAGUUUUUCAGAUGAGCUCAAAGCUGAAGAGGAGCAUCCGACGGUAGAAACGAAUGAGGAAAGCUCGUUGGGACCCGUGGACGCCGAUCGCUAUUUCCUACCUUUUGAGCUCGCCUGCAGCUCCAAACAACCCAAAAUUGUCAACGUCGCUUUGGAUUGCCUACAGGUUUCCAAUUUUCGAAUUUUGAAACGAACUAUAGUUGAUUUACUCUCAUAGAAAAAAAUGAAAAAAUGAAAAAAAUUCAUAAACUUCAAAUUAAGAUAUGUAAAAUUGUCAUCGAAUUCACAAAAAGGUGAUCAUUUUUUUGAAUAACGAGUUAGUUUUUAAACGAACGGAACCAAUUUAAAGAUAGAAAAAAAUAAGUUUGGAACUCUUUUGGGGCGAUUUUUCCCCAUCGAAACAAGCUUUCUUAAAGAUUUUUCCGAUGGUUUCCAAGUUCAAUAAAAGAAAAAAUAACGUUGUUUGCUCUUUUUUUCUAACUUGGUAGGAAAAAUAAAUAAAAAAAUGAAUAAUACAUUUUAUAAGGCUCUAAAAAAACUAGAAGAUAAUAUAAAAAAAUUUCUUCAUAUGAUUAAAGUUACCUGUUAAUUCAGAUAACUAGAUUGAACUUUUUGAUAAAUCUUUGUUACUUUAGGGUCUUCUGAGUCCAGAGCAAAAAGAAUAUUCUCGCAAAAGAUCUGGUUUCCGAGUUAAGACGCUUCAAAAGCUUGAAAUAGCGCUUUUAUUUCAUAACUUGCGUAUUAUGCAAACUUUAAAGCUUCACAAAUCGAAAACAAGAUUUGUUGGAGCAAAUCUGCUUCUUUUUUUUCGGAAUCAGGAGACCCUAAACUAGAUUUAAGAAAAGAUUUAACAAGAGGGCUUAAAAACGCUCACUAGGAUGUCUUAGGAAAAAAAACCCACUUUUGACUGAAAAAAACCAAAUAUUCUCGUCUCAGUGUUUGAAGAUGUUAUUUAGUUCCCGGUUGAACUUUCGAUGAAUCUAUUUCGAAGUAUAGUAAAAGAAGAUUCCAGAAACCAAAAUAUUCAGAAGCUGAUUGCCUAUGGACAACUGACAGGACGAGGAGCAGACACCUCAAAUCCGGAUAGAAGGCUGAUCGAUCGGAUCGUUGAAGCUAUCUGUUCCUCGUUCCUGGGACAGGGUACAGAUGAGACAGUUCUGCUGCAGCUGAUCAAGGUACCAUUCGCGGCAGAUUUCUUCAUUUAUUCGUUUUUAGGCGAUUCUGGCAGCCGUCCUGAGCGCCUCCUGCGAGGUUCACGAGGCUUCCCUGUUACUCGCCGUCCGCACUUGUUUCAACAUAUACCUCACUUCGAAAAGCGCCAUUAAUCAAGCCACUGCCAAGGGGACGCUCACUCAGGUUCCUCUUUCUGGUGGCUUAUAUCAAUGGCCUCGCUUUUUUAGAUGAUCAACACAGUUUUCGGGAACAUGGAGCGGUUCGGCAACACGAAAGACGACAACACGGUUGUAAAAGAAGUCGUGGAAAUGCUGGUCAGCACCAUCGCGUCCAACGAAAUUGUUAGUUUAGUCAAUAUUUUUCCUGUUUCUAUUUUAAUUUGGAAAUUUCAUUCCGCACAUGAUAAGCUUUCGUUUCCUCACUCUGUCAUUUCGAAAUUUUCUCAAAGUUGAUAUUUCGUUCUUAAUAUUUUACUUUUAAUUGAACCAGUCAAAUUUUCGGAAGAGUUUUUGCAAAAGCUUACAUCUUUUAGUUUUUUAAAGCUCCUACAAGGGAGGUCGUCUUACUUGGCGGUUUGGAAUUUUCUAAAAAUUUGCUCAGACACGCUCUGAAGGUCUAGAUGAAGAUUCCUCACGGUUUCUUCCUGUGAAAACUUCUAGUUUUUGAGAUAUGAUUUUUCAAAGUUGCGAAAAAUGGCUUUCAGGCCUUGAAAAUCAAUUAUCUCAAAAUUAGAAGCUGGCGCGGGUUGCAACUUAGAUGAAUCUUCAUGUGAAGCUUCAGAGACCGAUUUAGAAAGUUCGUAGAAAAUUCCAAGCCAAGAAAAAUGAUUUUCCGUGUUAGGGAAAGUUUUGUAUGAAGAAUUUGCUGCAGCUCGUGUCCUUAAGAGGAAUGUUAGGAGAAAUAUGAAAAUUACAGAAAAAAGGAAAAACUAAGCAGAGAAUUGAGAGGAGAUGAUUUGAAGCUCAUUUUGAACUACUAUGAGAUGCUUCGAAGCUCAUUUUGAACUAAUAUCAGAGCGACGAAAAAAGUGAAGGCGUGCGCGGAGGGUCGACGGUUGGCGAAAGCGAGCAGAUCGAAGACCAACUGACCUUCGUCAACGUCCACCAGAAGGACGCCUUCCUAGUGUUUCGCGCCUUGUGCGUCCUCGCACAGAAGGACGAGGGCGACACGAACGACGCCAGGUGGGCUUCUUCUUCAGCUUCAAUAGGGAAAGCAAUUAGUUGAAUUUUCCUAAGAAUUGGUUUUCGAUGAAGACCAAUUUUCAACAGAAGGAGAUCUACAGAUAACAAAAACUUUCGAAAGAUUUUUUUUUUCAUUUUUCUUUUCUGAAAAUUGGCCUGAACCCUUCUUGAUGUGCCAGAUGAGGAUCCUGAAAGUCUCAACCUGCAAAACUUUCUGGUUUCCGAGAAAUGAGCCAAAAGUCUCAAAUUAGCCUAUUUUAUGAUUUUUGAAGGUUUUUUCGACUUUGAGGCGUCUUUUCUCAAAAACGAGGAAGUUGUGCAGGUACAUCAAGGAGUGUUCUGGCCAAUUUUCAGGAAAAUCUCAACUGCAGAGAAAAAUGACCUGCCUUAAGAGAACUUUUUUUUCAUGAUGACCACACCGAUUCGCUUUUUUCCAGAAACACGCACCUGCGGUCAAAGCUUCUCGCCUUGGAAAUGCUGCUGCUCGUCCUCCAGAACUCCUCGACGGUGCUCCAAACAGCCCAACCCUUCAUAAUCUUGAUCAAAAAGUCCCUCUGUGUUGCGUUAUCCCGAAAUGCUGUUUCUUCCAACGUCCAGGCGAGUUUUCUUCCCCUUUACCAGAAAUCUCACCGAGCCUUUUAAGGUUUUCGAAAAAUCUCUUGCCAUUUUUGUCGUUCUCCUCGACAAGUUCAAAGUUCAUCUCAAAAUGCAGAUCGAGGUUUUUCUCUUCCUAACCAUUUCCAGUCUUCGAAUAAUAUAUUUUCAGGUGUUUUUCAAAGAAAUUAUUCUCUCGAUGCUCGAUUCCCCUUCGUGUCCCUUCGAACAUAAAUGGAUUGUACUCAACACUAUAGGUUCCCCUUGAAUAUAGUCUCGGCCCUAAAGAACGGCUACAGGUAAAAUAUUGGCGAAUCCCCAGUCGGUCGUCGACAUGUUCGUCAACUACGACUGCGACCUCACUUCCCACAAUCUCUUCAAAAGCAUUGUCGAGGUCGUUUCCAAAACCACCCGCACGCCGAUCAACGAGAACGCGACCGUUGCUCAAAAAGAGAAGUUUCCCGCCCUUUUCCUCCUCUUUUUGAACAACGGCACUGUGUAGAGAAAGAGCGAUGCGACUUCUGGGCCUGAGUUGCUUGACGGAUCUCCUGCAGUGCCUCGUCGACUGGUUCCAAGUUUGUGAAGUGACAAAGCUGAAACACGGUGAGAUUCACUAUUCGUUCUCAAUAUCCUUUUUUUAAGACCUCGACGAUUCCGAAUCGUCCGACGUGGUGGUGAAAGAGGACUUUGAGAAGUUUGAAAGCUUGAAACAGAAGAAAGAUCUCAUCGAACAUGGAAUUCAACUGUAAGUUUCCUUUCCUGACCAAGAAAAUAUGGGAAACGAACGUUAUAAGAAUCUGAUAGCCAAUGUGAGUGAUGUUGAGUAUUGUAAUUUUCAUUUUCCUUGAGAUAUAAGCAAAGUCAGAAAGGGUGUAAAAGGCUCCAGAAAUGUUCCUUUUAGGGUUCCUAUUUUGCUGCCUUUUUGCGCCAUUUCGUGGGCUGUUAUACACCACUUUUGCUGCUUCUCCCUUUUUCAUCCAUUUCUUGACCUCUUAAGUCCUAGAAAAAUGCAAGGCUCGAUAAAGGGACCCUUUUUGCUGCCUUUCUGUGGCCGUUCUGCUGCCUUUUUUGAGCCUCCCCCUUUUUGCAGCCAAUAUUCAUUUUUCCUACUUUGCCCUAGUAUAGCGCCCCGCUUUCUUCAUUUAUUUUUGCAUUAAUAUCCUAAAAAAAAAAACAGAUUUUAGAUUUUUAGUAUGUUUGUCCGAUCAUGUCCAAACAAGAUUAUGAUUCUCCAGGUUCUCCCAAAAACCGAUGCGAGGCCUGAAGUUUUUGCAAGAAAACGGUUUCGUGAGCAACGAUCCAGUCGAAAUAGCCGAGUUCUUGUUGAAAGAAGAACGAUUGGAUAAGACAGUAGUUGGCGACUUUCUCGGCGAUCCCAACGAGUUUUCCUCCCAAUCAAUUACUUUCCGAAACAGGGGACUUGCAGCUUCAACAAGCAAGUUAUGUACGCCUACGUAGACGACCUCGAUUUCUCGGCACUCGAUAUUGUUUCUGCGCUGAGGCUUUUUCUGGAAAAGUUCCGUCUGCCUGGAGAAGCUCAGAAAAUCGAUCGAUUGAUGGAAAAGUUUGCGUCUCGGUACUGCGACUGUAACCCCAGGUUGGGACUGUGGUUUUUACUGUUUUUGAAUUUUUCUCUAAAGCCUCGGAUAUUUCGCAUCGGCCGAUACGGCCUACGUCCUUGCCUAUUCUAUCAUCCUUCUGACGACAGAUCUCCACAGCCCCCAGGUCUUUUUUCUAUCAUUUUCCUCUCUCUUUCAUGAAAAGAAUACAUUGAAAUGUUUAUUUUUCGCUCACGGACAGAAUUCUGUGGCGUGGAGAACCAGGUAAGUUAUAUUUGCCUCCACUUCAAUUUAAAAAGUGUUUUGGGUCGAUCUUAGAAUCACCAGAGUAAUCCCUAUAGGAGCAACCCAAGAAGCCCUUGAAGAGUCCUCUCUAUGAACCACUUUACCAACCCCUAUAGGGGCCACUCAAGCUUUCAAAGGGGCCACUAUAGAUAUUUUAGUUAGUGAGCCAUUUACAGUAGUCUAAGCGAAGAAGCAUUUCCAUGCGAAAAACUAAAUAAAUAAGCAAUUUUUGAAUGAAAUUGUAAGGCCCCUAUAGGGGCCAUUUGAGCUUUAGGGUCUAAGGAGACAGACCAUGAACCCCUACAGGGACCACCUUGAUUUUACCCCUAUAGGGACCACUUUAGAACUCCUAUGAAUGAAAAAAGUUUAAAAAAAAAGUAACUUAUAAACGAGUUGAAGCAUUAUGGGACAUUUGCUUCCUCAUCAAAAGUCAGUUUAUCAAACAAUUUUUAAAUCUUCUUUGGUCAUCUUCAAAAACCAUAACUUUUAGUAAAGCCUCAACAUUCAGGUCAAAAACAAAAUGACGAUCGAGCAGUACGUGAAAAUGAAUCGCGGAAUCAACAAUGGAGGCGAUCUUCCUUCCGACUAUCUGGCUGCCAUUUACGAAGACAUCUCGAAGAACGAAAUCAAAAUGAAAGCUGGUGCCAGCAAACUUCUUCGAGGUUGGACAUAGCCUUAUAGGAGUUGCUCGUGAACUAAUUCUUUUGACCUGUAGGAAAUAAUCUAUGCCUUUCAAAACUUUUGUGAGGAUGAGAAAAGUAAAAUUCGCAUUUGUUUGAGUUUCGUAUCGAAAGAGAAAAAAGGAACAAAUUCCGUUAUUUGAGCGGCUGUCGGACAAGGGAGCGGCAACGACAAGCAGCGACGGGCGAUGGCCACCCUCGAACUGGAGGCGAUGAGCGAGACCGCGAGGUCCCUGAUGGAAAGCGCCUCCGACGCCGACGCCAACUUCGUCCCCGCACAGCACCAGCAUCACGUCAAACCCAUGUUCAAAGUAAAAUCUCUUCUUCAAGCUUCAUUCGGUCACAAGGAUUUUUUGAACGAGUUGAUCAGAUCAAAUCGCUUUAAAAAACUACUAUUUUAUCAAAAAGGAUAUAUCUUUAGAAAUGAUUUGGUUAGAGAAAAAAGAAGUAGCUAAUAUUGGGAUUAUUGGUUUCCGAAGGAAAAAAGUCUUAUUAAAACAGUGCUUUUCAGAUGAAACUCUGAAUUUUCUUGAAAUUGUUUUUUCAAAAAUUUUCAAUAUGUAGCUUAGGACUUUCGAGAUCUCGGUUUAAGAUAUCUGUGAAAUUUUUCAAUUCUCUGCUGCAAGAAAUAGUUCAAUUCAAAAAUAGUAAGUUGGAAAAUAGGAAAGAAAGGGCAAAAAAUGUCCACUUUGUUAGCUCGGAUAUUGGUAACGCGAAACGGACGUUUCUGUGAAAUUCUAGGGAUCACUUAAGAGAGCUGACACUACUAAAGUGGUCACUAGAACUGCGCAGAAACGUUUGUUUCACGUUACAAAUGUCUGAAAGGGUUUCCAACUUCCAGCUCAAAAUAAUGAGCGGCCAUUGUUAUUGGAGCCCCUGACUCUAACUAGGAUCGUUUUUUUACCCCCCCCCCCCCCUUCUCCGGUUGCAAAGUUUCAGCAAAAGUCCAAUUUUCAACUCUUCAGAUUUGCUGGACUCCGUGCUUGGCGGCGUUCAGUGUCGGCGUGCAGAUGUCGGACGACGAGGAGGAGUGGUCCCUCUGUCUGCGCGGAUUCCGUCUCGGCGUCCGUGCCGCCUGCAUUCUCGGCGCCAAUCUCGAGCGCAACGCCUUCAUUCAAGCCCUGGCUCGGUUCACGCUCCUCACCGCCAAGAACUCUCUGGGCGAAAUGAAGGAAAAGAACAUCGAGGCUAUCAAACUUCUCUUGCUCAUCGGUUUCUGUUUUCCUUUGCUCUAUUCGAAAUCCUUUGAUUAAUCCUUUAACCUAUCUUCAUCGAAAAAUUUGUUUAGGAGACGAAGACGGCGACUACCUUGAAGAGAACUGGAUCGACGUGAUGCGGUGUAUGAGUUCCUUGGAACUCGCCCAGCUCAUCGGUACGGGACUCGGCAGCAGUUCUUCGCGAGAAGCGGACAGCAGUCGGCAAUGUAGGCGUCGUUUUUCUUCACCAUUGCAAGGAUUUGCCAGACGUGCUGAAAAACACGGGCGGUCUCGACGAAAGGACCCUGGCGAGCCUCCAAGACGCGUUGGGUGAGACGAGUUCGCAGGCGGUCGUCGUCGCCGUCGACCGCAUCUUCCACGGCUCGUCGCGUCUUUCCGGCGAGGCCAUCGUCUACUUUGUCAAAGCGUUGUGCGCCAUCUCCCGAGAAGAACUCGCCCAGGCCGCCGCACCUCGGAUGUUCCUCCUGGCCAAAGUCGUUGAGGUUGGGGUUGAAAACUCGUUUCAUUUAUUUUGAGAAGUAUCUGAACCAGGAUUAACGCUUUUUCAUCAAUUUCAUGACUUCUGAAAAGUUUCAACCCUUUAAGAAAAAAUGCAAAAAAGAUUUGCUCUUGACAGGAAUCGAACCUACCCAAAAAUUCUUUCAUGAGACAGGCUCUCUAACCACUGCGCCAGCUUACCUUGAUCUAAAAGGAAGGUCCAGGCGCGUACAUAACUUUUCCUGGGUUUCUUCAUGAAGCUUUUUUCUCAGAAGCCUGUGUGAUUUAACAGAUAAUCUAUAUUGUUUCUGAGAGCUCUCAACAUAGUCUAUAAGCUACCGUAGUUUCAACUUGAUACGUGGACCCGAGCUUGAGUCAGUCUUUUUUUAAACAGAAGAAAAAAUUGCGGAUGGGUUUCGGUCCUUAUACAAUCGUCAGGCCUUUCCAGGUCGCCUUCUACAACAUGAACAGAAUUAGACUGGAAUGGAGUCGUAUCUGGGCGGUGAUUGGAGAACACUUCAAUAUGGCGGGUAUUCAACGGUUUCUCGCCCCUUUUCCAAGUGUUCCCAGGCUGCAACACCAACGAAGCCGUCGCUCACUUCUCGGUAGAUGCUCUACGGCAACUCUCCAUCAAGUUCUUGGAAAAAGGAGAGCUGCCCAACUACCGAUUCCAGAAAGACUUUCUAAGACCUUUUGAGGUUGUUCAACGACUUAUCCCCCUUGAAAUCCAAAAUAUAGGUGAUUAUGACCAAAAAUCGAUGCGUUCCCACUCGGGAUCUGGUCGUCCGUUGCUGUACCCACCUCAUUGAGGCCAACGCUUCCAAGCUGAAAUCCGGCUGGCAAAACCUCUUUUCGGUCUGGACCUUGGCUGCCAGUUCGUUUUAUUUAUUAUCCAAAUAAUCUUAAAGUAGCUUCGUAGGCGAAGUCGGAAAGGGUGGAAAGAGGCUCCAGAGAUAUUUUCCUUUUAGGGGGACAGAGGCUCUUUUUUUGCUGCCUUUUUGUGCCAUUUCAUCGGCUCUUAUGCACCAUUUUUGCUGCCUCUUCCAGCAUUUCUUGACCCUUUAAAAUAGAAGAAAAAAAAAUGGAAGGCUCGAUAAAAAGGAUCCUGUUUGAUGCCUUUUUGCAGCCUUUCUGCGGCCUUUUUGAGCCUCUCCCUUUUAGCGGCAAUUAUCCACCAUUCCGAUUUCCAGACAGAAUGUUUAUGUCAUAGAAGGAGCGAAUUCUGAUGACUUUUAUUUCUAAUCCCCUUUUUCUUCGAACUCAUAAUAACUGCUAGGUGACACCAACAUGGACAUUGUCGAAACGUCAUUUUCUUCUGCCGCGAAGGUCGUUUCCGAGCAAUUCAAAGCGGACUUUCCGGCUUUCAUUGAUUCUUUCCAGGUGAUUGAAAACUAGGCCUUUUAGAAAUUCAACAAAACUCCCAGGAAGCCUUGAAAUGCCUGCAAGAGUUCGCCUGCAACUCGAACCUCCCAGAAAUGAACAUGGAAGCGAUCCGGUUGAUACGAGUUUGUGCUGGGUUGGUUCUUUUCCUGGUUUUUCUCCUGGUGUGCCCUCAGGUGGCCAGUGAAGACGUUGUAGUAAAAGAUUUAAAAGUGCUAAAAAGACUGCUAAAAAUAACGAAAAAUGGUUUAUACAGUGCUUACUAUAGUAAGGUCAUUUUACUUAAAAGUUGAGAAAUUUCUAAAGUUCGGCCAGUAGAAUCCUAGGUGUACCAGGAGAAGAUUCUGGAUGUCUCAAUCUGCACAACUACCUAUUUUUUGGGAAAUGAGGGCCUAAAGUCUCAAAUAGCUUAUUUUUCAUGGAGUUUUAGUAACAAGGACUCAAAGCUCAAAAAUGGCUUGUUUUAGCUGAUUUUCAGGCUUUUUUUUCGAGUUUGAGCUUUCCUUUUCUCAAAAACAAGGAAUUUUCGGAGGUUGAAGUUUAUAGUAUUUUAUCGUGUAUGUUCUGACGAGGUUUCCGAAAACUCCCAACCACAAAUUGAAAUGACUUGCCUUGUGAGAAAAGUGAUCCCGAGAAGUAUGAAUUUUCCAGAAUAUAGGUGGAUUUUAGAGAGCAUUGAGAUUAAAGUGAAAGAUUGAACAUUAUGGAUUUUUAGAUAUCCUCUUGGAAAAAUUAAAAAAAUCGAGUCUUUCUAGAAAAUUAUAGAGAAAUUGAGAAGAAUGUCGAACUUCCUAAAAGGGAUCCUUGUGAAGUUUCCUUUUUCUCUGAUUUUCUAUAUUCAAAUUUUUCUUUGCUCUCUACUGGGAUGCCUUUUUACUUUACAGUUGGGAAUUUUCGGCAAAAAUGGCCAGAACACUCCUUGUUGUACCUGAAAGUACCGCACAACUUUCUCGUUUUUUGAAAAAGACGCCUCAAAGUCAAAGAAAACCACGAAAACCCAUAAAAAUAGGUUUUUUUUUCCGGGGUUCUAGGCCUUAUUCCUCGAAAGCUAUGAAGUUGGGCAGGUUGAGACUUCCAGGAUCUUCAUUUGGUUCAACAAGGAGGGUUUUGGCCAGUUUUCUAGAAUUUCCAAAACUGAAAGUAAAAUGACCCCUGAGAGUACGUUUGUUUCUAGAGGCUAGUCAAAAAACUAACAGUUGAAUAUUCAUGUCGUUAAUUUGUGAUCCUGAUUCCAGGUACGUAGCUUCGAAUCAGGAGAAGAUAAUUGAAGCAACGCGUGACGACACAGGCUCCGUCAGUCCCGAACAGCACGUUUGGCUGAGAGGAUGGUUUCCCAUUUUCUUCGAACUGAGGUUCCUAGACCUCCGCUGUGCCAAUAAGUUUCAGAGAUUUGCAGUUGCAUCAUAAAUCGUUGCAAAUUGGAUGUCCGGACGCGGAGUCUCACUGUUAUGUUCGAAAUCAUGAAGUCUUUUGGCCACGACUUUCGUCCCGAAUGGUGGAAAGACCUGUUCGAGAUCGUUUUCCGCAUCUUUGACCAUGCUAAAAUGGACGAACAUAGGAGCGACGUAACUUGUUGGACUAUCUCUUCUCAUCUCCCUUGUUCAUUGACAGAAGCGCGAGUGGUUGAGUACGACUUGCAACCAUGCGAUGCUCUCAAUCGUCGACAUCUUCACUCAGUUUUUCGAGCAAUUAUCGCAAUACGCCUUGCCGAUGAUCUAUAAACAGUUUGCGGUCUUCAUCCGACAGCGUAGGAAGUUUCGUCCGGAAGAGAUGAUUUUGAAAAUGUUGUAGAGAAUGAACAACUGGCGCGGUGCACAGUAACCUGCUUGGAGUCUCUGAUUCUCCACAACGGAGAGAAGUUUCUCCCAAGGGAAAACUUGAUUGAUAGCUAGAUUUCCAGGUUAACCGACGAUAUGUGGGUACAGACUGUCGAGCUGAUUCGCGAACUCUUCUCAGCCACCCUGCCCAAGUCGUCAGUUUCUUUUCCUAUCUAUAUUUUUUCCAUCGGAAUGAUUAUUGAAUUUGACAAGUAAUUUUACUCUUGCGCUUUGGAUUCUUCUGAAAAUUGGCUCAAACAGUCUCUGAUUGUCUAGAUGAAGAUCCCUCAUAGUAGCUACCUGCGCAAACUUCUAGUUUUCGAAAUAUUUAAGUUUCAAAGCUCGCGUUUUACACAGAAGGAGACCCCAUAAUGAAGUUAUUACUUCCCUUGUUUUACUUUGCGACUUGAAUUUUCCUAGGAAUUGGCUCAAACAAUCUCUGCAGGUUUAUAUGAGUUUUAUCAAAGUUGCAACCCACGCCAGCUUUUAGUUUUUGAGAUAAUUAAUUUUGAAGUACGAAAAAUUAUGCUCAAGGGGCGCGCCGUAGCGCAACAGGUUGUGUGCCUGUCUACGGUCCACAGGGUCACAAGUUCGAUCCCCGCCCCGACCCCAACCAAGGGUUUAAGAAAUGUUGGUAGUGGGAAACCACGACUUCAAAAUCCCCAGCCGUCACACACAAGGACGGAUAUGUCACUGGAGCCAGUCCACUGAUUAUCAUCAGGAUAGGACAUCGGCUAAUCGACUUGGGGCGCCGACGCCGCUCAAGCGGUACAAAGGCGUAAGAAGAAGAAGAAAAAUUAUGCUCAAAACUUAUAUUUCUUAUAUUUGAAAAAUCAUAUCUUUUAAACAAUAGGAAGAAUCUAGACAUUUAGAGAGUUUUUGAUCAAAUACGUAGAAAAUUCCAAACCGCAGAGUAAAUUACCUCUCUUGUAAGGUUACUGACGUGGGACCCGUCGAAAACGGCAAACGGAAGCGCCGAUCCGGUUUCUGAGGCUAUGACCAAUGGGUUCGUUCCUCAAACCGGUCAUAGACCAGAUUUUGGUUUUUAGUCACUCGGGAAACGCCCUCUUCUCCGAGCAAAUCGUCUUUUGUGUGGUCCAGUCGGAAUUGGUCGACGCCGUCACUCGCAUCGUUUUGGGAAACAAAAAGAUGACUGGUAACAUUUUUUGGAGUAACGGAAAGAAUCGUCGGGAGUUCAGAAGCUACUUCGCAGCCGAGUCCGAACGAAGACGCCCUCGCAAAACGGGAACGUGACGGUCUUUUCACGACUAUGAAGCCUUCUCUUCUUCUCAGGUAUGAGAUCAAAAUUUUACGAAAUUCAUGGGAACAAGUUUUUGAGAAAUCUUCAUCGUGUUGUUCUUAAUUAUCAAUAGUUCUCAUUGAGAUCUUAUUAAUUAGAACAAAAGCGAGAAAGAAAACAUGUCUUCCGGUGGUAGCCGUCCCACGCUUCGUUUUGAACCUAACGAGACUAGUUCUUGGUCGAUUUGUCCUAUUUUAGUGUUUGUGACGCAUUGGGGGACAGUCAAAAGCUUGCCAAGCAGUUCAACGACAACAACGGUCAGAGGACCUUACUAUGGAAGGCCGGACUGCGGGGAUCCAGCAAACCGAAUCUCAUCAAGUUGGCUUAGUUGUCAUUUCUCUCCACCUGUGGUUUCAGUCAGGAAACGCGAUCCUUGAGCGCCAUGCUAGCCAUCCUUCUGCGACUUCUCUACGAUAAAAGAGAGCCGGAUCUGCGCGAGGAAGUCGGCAAGCGUGUUCUGGGGUUUCGUGUUAUUCGGAGAUGACCAUAACCGACGGAUGCUUUCAGAGUCGUGUCAGCCGCUCUGACGGGCUAUGGUGAGGCUGAAUCGGAAGCGCGACGGAACGCCUACGGGCCCGUGAUUUGCGAACUGCUGCGAGAGUGCAUCAACCUUCCUCCCGGGCUGUUGCCGGUGCUCGGCGAGCAGUUUCCCUUGCGGCUCUGUGAGCUCGUCGAAACGGCCGAAGGACAGACGAUGCGGCGGCUUCUCGCCACACUUCUCCGAACUCUCAUCUUCAACAAGGACCCUAAAUCUUGA